CAUUGAAGGUCAGCAAUUUUGUGUCUCUGCUGUGUAAUGGGGUGCGUCAAUAAUGCCCGGCCUUAGUGAAGUGCUGCACCAAUUUUUUUUCUUCUAGGUUUCGCUUGAUGAUGCGUAAACAAACACUCCAACGUGCUUUGCACAAUCUUGCUGAACAACUAAAUCCAAAUAUCUUAAUCCAUCCCAUCCCUGACUCAUCAACAUGCAUUUCACUCAUCAAACAAUGCAAGACCAUCGAAUCACUGAAAUCCCUUCAUGCUUCCAUGAUUCGUUCUCACCUUCACCUCAACCUCUUCUUUUCUACCAACCUCAUUACUCAAUACUCUUCUUUAGGUUCCAUUUCUCACUCAUAUUCAAUCUUCUCGUCUACGCAAACUUCCGAUGUUUUCCUUUGGAACGUUAUGAUUCGAUGCUUCGUGGAAAGUUCUUGUUAUGAUCGUGCAGUUCGUCUUUAUUGCCGCAUGAAAGAAUACGGUGUCAGACCUGAUAACUACACAUUCCCUUUUGUUGUUAAGGCGUGUGGACAUCUCCAAGACGUUAAGUUGUGUCGAGUGGUGCAUGGAGAUGUUAUCGAGUUUGGGUAUGAAUACGAUGUGUUCGUGGAUAAUUCUCUUAUAACAGUGUAUGGGAAAUGCGAGCAAGUUGAGCUUUCUAGACAAGUGUUUGAUAGAAUGUCUGACAGAAGUUUAGUUUCGUGGAGUGCGAUGAUUGGUGCUUAUGCACAAAAUGGAUUUUACAAGGAAGGGUUUUCUGUGUUUCGGAUGAUGUUAAGCGAGAGAAUCAAACCGAAUAGAGUUGCAGUGUUGAACGUAAUUCCGUGUGUCAGUAGUGAGACUGAUGCAGAUGAAAUUUCUGGAGUUAUAGUAGAUUCUAGACUUGAUUUGGAACAGUCGAUCCAAAAUGCAGCAAUGGUAAUGUAUUCGAAAUGUGGGAGAAUAGACAUUGCUCGAAGAAUUUUCGAAAAGAUACCUGACAAGGAUUUAGUAACUUGGAGUUCUAUGAUUGAAGCUUAUGCUCAAGCUGAUAAGCCAAUCGAAGCAUUGGAUCUUUUCAAACAGUUGAAGCUGCAGAAGGUACAAUACGAUUAUGUUACUAUCCUUAGCGUUAUUCGAGCAUGUUCAAGUUUAGGUUCACUCAGACAAGCUCAGUUCAUUCACGGGGUUAUCACUAGAUGCUCGUUCCAAAAUGAAUUAAUAUUAGAAACUGCGCUAAUUGAUCUUUAUGUGAAAUGCGGGAGCUUGGAAUAUGCUCGAAAAGUUUUUGAGAGAAUGCGGAAACGGAAUUUAAUUUCAUGGAGCACCAUUAUAUCAGGUUAUGGCAUGCAUGGCCGAGGAAGAGAAGCACUACUAUUAUUUGAUCAGAUGAAGGAAACCGAGAAGCCCGACCAUAUCACAUUUGUUUCUGUCCUAUCGGCUUGUGGUCAUGCUGGAUUGAUAGCUGAAGGUUGGAGUUGCUUCCAUUCUAUGACAAAGGAUUUUGGAUUGACACCAACGUCUGAACAUUAUGCUUGUAUGGUUGAUCUCUUGGGUCGUGCUGGCCAGUUAAAUGAAGCUCGAGAGUUCAUCAAUAAUAUGCUAAUCAAACCAGAGUCUGGCGUCUGGGGUGCGCUGUUAGGUGCAUGUAGAAUUCAUUCUAAUGUUGAGCUUGCUGAAUUUGCUGCAAAAUCUCUUUUUGAAUUGGAUCCAGAAAACCCAGGUCGAUAUGUUUUGUUAUCUAACAUUUAUAAAUCUAUGGGGAAGAGAGAAGAAGCGGAUCGAAUUAGAGCUGUAAUGAAAAGGAAGGGUGUGAAAAAGGCUGCAGGUCACACCAUUAUUGACGUCAAGAAUAAAAUGUACAAGUUUGUGGUUGGGGACAAAUCAAACCCCCAAACAGAACUGAUACACAAAGAGUUAGAGAUACUAAUGGAAAGGAUUCGCAGAGAAGGUUAUGUACCAGAUACGAACUUCGUAUUACAUGAUGUCGAAGAAGAGAUGAAGGAGAAGAUGUUGUAUUUGCAUAGCGAAAAGCUAGCAAUUGUGUAUGGAAUUCUGAACUCAAGUCCAGGAACUGUAAUAAGAAUCAAGAAGAAUCUUCGGGUUUGUGGGGAUUGUCAUACUGCAACCAAGUUCAUAUCUAAGGUUACAGGAAGAGAGAUUGUAGUGAGAGAUUCUCAUAGAUUCCACCAUUUCAAAGGUGGAGAAUGUUCUUGUGGGGAUUAUUGGUGAAAACCCUGUCAGAAAAUCUAUUGUCGAGGAUAAUAGAAGAAGAGGAUUCCAGUGACAGGUUUACCUUGAAUGUCUUAGAAAAGGCUUUUUCGACCGUCGAACUCUAUGCCUUGUGCAGUCAGAGUUGAAUCCAUUUAGGCUAUGGGAUCGAGGUAUUAUUUCCGUGAGCUAUUAGCUGUUGGGAGCUGGGACAGUCAGAUUCCAUCUCUUGUGCUGCGCUUCAAAUCUAUAUAUACUACUUUUCAAAAGCCAUCAGGUAUUAAAAGACUAAUACUGCCUUGCAUACCUGUUGCUGACCUGUUGUGCGCAUACAUAAUAUAUGGAUAUAGCACUGUUUUGUUUAAUGACUAAAUAUAUAACCCAUGCCGUUGGCUUAUGGGUCUGAGCAAGAAAUAAUGAGACAUGGACAAUUCAUAAGACAACCUCAAAAGGAAUUCCUUAGAAACAAAAGGAAUUCCUUAGAAAUAAAUAUGCAAGCAACAAAAUCCAAUACAUAUGCAACUCUUAAACUCUGUUUCAGGGAAGACGUACAGUCUCGGACAGCCUUUCCCACAACACUAAUAAAAGAGCUGGAAAUUCAGCAGAAA